AUGGAAGCAUUAUUAAACAACGGCUUUUCACUAGAAGCAUUACAAGGACUUGGACAAUUUUUAACUGAAUGGAAAAAUAACCCGACCCAAGAAAAAUUAUUACAAAUAAUUCAAGAUCAAUUAACUUUAAAGAUUAAUGAAACUGAAAUAGUAGGAACUUCAACUGAAGAAUUUGUUAACCAAAUUCCUACAAGUUUUGUUAACAAUAAGUUACUCUUCGAAGAAUUUAUUAAUGACCAAGCCUGGGAUGAAGUUUUACCCGAAGACCUUUUGGAUACUAACCAAGAACAACCAUUAGACCAUGACCAAAGUAUUAAAGAAAAAAGGAAAAAUAAAAAGAUAUUAAUUGUUGACCAAAUUAUUGAAGAAUUAAAAAUCGAAUGUGAAGCAAGUGAAGAAAGAAGCUCACCAUUUGGGAAUGAAAAUAACUUAUCAACUGUGACCAGAAUUAUAAACCAAAUUCAUCGCAUUGGAAAACAGAAGGGAUACCGAGCACAGAUAGAUCGUUUAGAAGCAGCAUUCUAUCUGGGAAAAUUAAAGAAGGACAAUGAACAAAUCAGUGGCCAAAUUAAAAGAAAGUUAAAAACAGAACUUGGAGAACAAAAAGCGAAAAGAAUACAAAAACAAGCAACUAGGACCUAUCUCUUAUACUCCAAAUAUAGACUAGAAAAGCUCUACAGAACAACAAAAGUUAAUACGACAGUAUUAGAAGAAUUAACACCAGACCAAUUCAAUCAACUAGUCCAAUAG